GAAACCGCGGUAACAGGAGUGAGGGGAAGUCGGGGACUCUCUCCCCACAAUCAUAGCUACUAUCCAGCUCCUUUCUAAGGAUUCGUUGGCUGCCUUUUCCGAGAGCUGCCUGAGGCCAAGUGGGAGUGAUUUUGAGUGAUGCAGCGGAGAAUGGAGGCCAGAGGGGAGCGGGCCGUGCAGAAAAGGCAAGUCCUAUUCCUUUGUGUGUUUCUGGGGGUGUCUCGCGCUGGCGCGGAACCGCUUAGGUAUUCUGUGGCAGAGGAAACUGAGAGAGGCACCUCUCUGGCCAACCUGGCCACCGACCUGGGAUUGGGGGUGGGGGAGCUGUCAGCCCGGGGAGCUAGAAUUGUUUCAGACCAGCACCUGCGAUUUUUACUGCUCAAUCUGCUUACUGGGGAUUUACUUCUAAAUGAGAAAUUGGACCGAGAGGAACUGUGCGGCCCCACGGAGCCCUGUGUGCUGCCUUUCCAGUUGUUACUGGAAAAGCCUUUUCAGAUUUUCCGUGCUGAACUGCGGGUCACAGACAUCAACGAUCAUUCUCCAGCAUUUCUAAAUAGAGAGAUUCCCCUGAAAAUAUCAGAGAGUACCGCGCCAGGGGCGGCAUUUCUGCUCGAAAGUGCCCAGGAUCCAGACGUGGGAACCAACAGCCUGAGCAACUACACCAUCAGCCCCAAUGCCUAUUUCCAUCUCAAUGUCCUUGGUGAUGGGGAGGGGAGUGUGCUUCCCGAACUGGUUCUGGAGCAGGUGCUGGACCGAGAGGAGAUGCCUGAGCUCAGUGUAACUCUCACGGCCUUGGACGGCGGCUCUCCGCCGCGAUCCGGAACCGCCCUCCUGCGCAUCCGGGUCGUGGACAUCAAUGACAACGCUCCCGAAUUUGUGCAGUCCCUCUACAAAGUGCAGGUGCCCGAGGACAGCCCCACUGGUUCCCUGGUUGUUGCUGUGUCAGCUAGAGAUCUAGACGCCGGGAGCUACGGGGAAAUAGCCUAUGCAUUCUUCUAUGCCACGGAACGAAUUCUCAAAACGUUUCAGAUCAAUUCGACCUCUGGCAAUCUUCUUCUUAAAGGCCAAUUGGACUAUGAAGCAAUUCAAACUUACACACUCACCAUUCAGGCCCAAGACGGUGGAGGGCUCUCCGGAAAAUGCACCGUGGUGGUUGAGGUAAUAGAUAUAAAUGACAAUGAACCAGAACUGAUCAUGUCAUCGCUAAGUAGUCCAGUUGCAGAAAAUUCACCUGAGACCGUCGUCGCCGUUUUUAGGAUCAGAGACAGAGAUUCAGGCAACAAUGGGAAAAUAGUGUGCUCCAUUGAAGAAGGUCUCCCCUUCCUCCUAAAGCCAUCUGUAGAGAAUUUCUACACCCUGGUAACCGAGGGAGCGCUGGACAGGGAGGCCAGGGCCGAGUACAACAUCACCAUCACCGUGUCCGACCUGGGCACGCCCAGGCUGACGACCCGACACCACGUCGCGGUGCAGGUGUCCGACGUGAACGACAACGCCCCAGUCUUCAGCCAGGCCGCCUACACCCUGCUGGUGCGCGAGAACAACAGCCCCGGGCUGCUCAUCGGCUCCGUGAGCGCCAGCGACAGGGACGCGGGCGCCAACGCGCAGCUCACCUACUCGCUGCUGCCGCCGCCGCCCCAGCAGCAGCCGCAGCCGCAGCCUCAGCCGCCCCAGCCGCCGCAGCCCGACGUGGCGGCGCUCGUGUCGGUGCACGCGGACAGCGGGCAGCUGUACGCGCUGCGCGCGCUCGACUACGAGGCCCUGCGCGCCUUCGAGUUCGGCGUGCGCGCCGCCGACCGCGGCUCCCCGGCGCUGAGCAGCGAGGCGCGCGUGCGCGUGCAGCUGCUGGACGCCAACGACCACGCGCCGGCCGUGCUGUACCCGCCGGCCAACGGCUCGGCCGCCUGCCCCGAGCUGGUGCCGCGCGCGGCCGACGCGGGCUACCUGGUGAGCAAGGUGGUGGCGGUGGACGGCGAUGCGGGCCAGAACGCCUGGCUGUCGUUCGAGCUGCUCAAGGCCACGGAGCCCGGGCUGUUCGGCGUGUGGGCGCACAGCGGCGAGGUGCGCACGGCGCGGCCGCUGAGCGAGCGCGACGCAGCCCGGCAGCGGCUGCUGGUGCUGGUGCGGGACCACGGCGAGCCGCCGCUGUCGGCCAGCGUCACGCUGCACGUGCUGCUGGUGGACGGCUUCUCGCAGCCCUACGUGGCGCUGCCCGACGCGGCGGCGGCGGCCGAGCCGGCGCGGCCCGACUGGCUCACGGUGCAGCUGGUGGUGGCGCUGGCGGCGGUGUCGUUGCUCCUGGUGCUGAGUGUGCUGGCGCUGGUGGCGGCGCGGCUGUGCGGCGGGGGCGGGGGCGGGGGCGGGGUGGGUGGCGGGGCGGGGUGUGCGCUUGGCGUUGGCGGCGGCGCGGGUGCGGAGGGCCGCUUCCCGGGGCCGCUGCUGGACGUGAGCGGCGGCGGGACGCUGUCGCACAGCUACCAGUACGAGGUGCGCCUGACGGGCGACGCUGGGACCGGGGAGUUCAAGUUCAUGAAGCCGGUUAUCCCUAGUUUCUUUUCCCAAAGUACAGGGAGAGAAAUUGAAGAAAACCCUUCAAUUCAAAACAAUUUGGGUUUCUGA